UUCUAGAAAUGGAGGAAAUUAAGGUGAAUUUGUUGGAUGAAGCAAAUUACGACUCAAUUGAAUGGCUCCCGGAAAAUGCUCCUUAUGUUAAAGUUGAUCCGGAAACGAUAAAAGUAAUCGAAACGCCGGCUGAAUUUUACGAUAAAUUAUUGUGUUUGAUUCGAGAAGCUAAAGAAAGAAUCGUGAUCUCGACUUUAUACAUAGGCAGUGGCAGUUAUGAAAAGGCUUUGAUGAAUGAGUUGGAAAAAGCACUGGAGAUCAAUCCAAAUUUAAAAAUGACUAUUCUUAUGGAUUACCUGAGAGGUACACGUGGUGGUGCAGAAAAUAAUUCAAUCCUCCUGUUAAAAAGACUAUUGCCGCGUGCCUCAGUGUAUUUAUUCCAUACACCAUGUUUACGUGGUUUGAAGAAAAUGAUACUGCCUGAAAGAGUGAAUGAAGUGGUCGGCUUACAACAUAUGAAACUGUUGCUUUUCGACAAUCACAUCAUCUUUACCGGGGCUAAUCUUUCGGAGAUUUAUUUCACAAAUCGAUUGGAUAGAUAUAUACUUAUCGAGAAUUGUCGAAAGCUUGCAGAUUUUGUUGAUUCGUUGGUUGAAGCUGUUGGAUCAUGCUCAUUCAUGUUGAAUGUGCGUGGAACCAUCAGUCUGUCGAAAAGUUGUGAUAUUCAUCCUUUUAAAGAAAGUCUUGAGGCAUAUAAGAAUAUGUUGCACAGUCGAGUUAUGUCAACGUUGAAUGCAUUUAGCAAAGUAUCUGAUUCAGAAAACUGUUUCCCUGCUGACACACGAAUAUAUCCGUUGUUACAAAUGGGCAUCGUAUCGAUCAAUCAGGAAUUCGAGUUUUUAAAAAACUUGCUGUCUAUGCAGAAUCAUCAGUUAUCAUUGACAAUGUCAUCGGGCUAUUUUAAUUUUAUCGACUGUUACAUUGAUUUGCUGUCAAAUCAGAAUUGCUUGGAAAUGGAUAUCGUCCACGCAUCACCUCAAGCAAAUGGAUUCUAUCAAGCAUCCGGCUUGUUUGGUUUCAUACCGCUGAUGUACGUUUACAUAUCACAUCUUUUCCAUAAAAUAAUUGGUCCGACUGUCCGAUUGUUUGAAUACAACAGGCCAAGAUGGUCAUAUCACGCAAAAGGCCUAUGGAUUGAUUCCAAGCAGUCAUCCCUUUCGGCUACUAUGAUUGGGUCCUCUAAUUUCGGACACCGCUCUGUAUAUCGAGAUCUCGAAGCGCAGUUCCUUAUAAUCACCUGUAACGAUAAAUUGAAACUCAAACUACAAGAGGAGCGUUUGCGGAUAUUGGACUAUGCAGCAAAAGUGGAUGCUGCAACCUUCUUACGGCGUGAUCAUUUCGUUCCACUUUGGAUUCGUUUAAUUUCCCGAAUUGUUUGUUGUAAGUGUAUAAAUAUUUUACCAUAUAAUGCUUUGCGUCAUUCCAAUGAUAUUAAUGGUACGAGUGCAUGA